UUGUUGUUUGGUAUCCAGGCUGCGGCGCGUCUCUUCGGACUCCGGCGUUGCGCCUCCUUCCAUUAUCUCGAGUCCCUUUCCUGCCUUUUCUCCAGCGAGGAUGGCUGGUGGGUGCUUUUCCCAAGGAAACGGGAACGAUAGGCGUCGCCUGUUGGGUUUUCCUCCCGGUUGGGGGGGUUGCUCUUUUAACACCCCACCCCACCCACCCCAAGGGUCACGAUGCCAACUUUGUUGCCCAGACUUGCCAAAAACUUAAAAUGCAGGCUCCUCCAGCCCAGCCCAUCCUAGUCUCUCAGGGAACUGAAGAGCGCUAUGGUUAUAGUUUUUCUACUGGAUGGAAGUUGGGAGCAGGAGAGAAAUGCAGCUUUAAAUAUUUUACCUUGUAAAAGUGGCCUGAGUCUGUUUUUUAAAGUUUUUUUCAGGGUCGUUUUUCAUAGGAUUCCUUGUUUAAUUGCCCCUCUCCAAAAUAUUUUUAUCUAUUGUGUAUUUUUUUAGUCAAUCUUGUUUAAAUUUAGGCUGCCUUGGGUCCUGCAGUGCAAAAAGGUCGGCUGAGCUAAGCAAGAUAUAAAAUCAGUCAAUUAAUCCAUUAAUAAAAUCCAGCUUUUUCAGACCCAGAGCCUACCUUUAACCCAUUGGCAGUGCUGCUGUUGUGAUCCACCUUCGAUCAGGCUGUGUGAGCUGGCAGUGGGUCGCUUCCCCCCAGCCAAAGGCAGCUGGCGCAAGUAAUCUCAUGGGGCUGAGAAAUGGGUGGGGUGGAAGAAGCUGCCUCAGACCAAAGGUCUUACCUAUCUAGUGUCUGGCAUCCUUUCCAUCCUCAAAACAGCCACCUAGAUGCCUUUGGGGAGCCUGGAAACAAGAGCAUGAGGUCUGUAAUCUUCUCCCUCUGCUGUUUUCCUCCAGCGACUGGUAUUCAGAGGCAGGCAGCCUGGGCUCCUAACAUGUAUUAUUCGGAUUGUAAAUGGUUACUGUUCGUGUAUUUAUAGAAGUAUUUCUGUGCUUUCGUAUCGUAAAAUAGGGUGGUGAGUACAGGACACCAUUAAAAGCAAUACAAAGAAUAAUUAAAGUGACUGCAGAGCUUGUCUGCAUAGAAAGGUCUUCAAGAGACUCCUGAAACUUUGCUGGACUAACGCAGCAUGGGACCAACCACCAACUUCUAGUUGAGGCCAGUAAGGUGUCUUUGACACGGGGAUGAUGCUGUAUUUUUACAUUGUUGUGACCCACUCAGAGACUUUAUGGUGAAGAGUGGGUAAGUAGUAGUAGUAAUAAUAAUAAUAAUAAUGCUGUCAUGACUUGUAUCUAUAGCCUUAUUCCCAUAGCGUUUGUCUGCAAGAGUCCUUUGCGGAUCAAGUUUUAGCUGCAAAUAACAACUUCCCCUUUCCUUUCACCACUUUAAGGAGAAGCGCAGUGCGAUCCUCUGUAUGUUUGUUCAGAAGUUCAGGGAGACUUGCUUCCACAAGAGUGUGUAGGAUUGUAGCAUUAGGGUUCCUUUGUAAUAGGAGCCUCUGAGUAAGUUUCAUUGGGGCUAGUUUGAGUAGACAUGUGUAGGAUUGUGUUGUUAAGCUUGCAACACAAUGCACCAGGCAUUAUUGGUACUGUCCCCAAAAAGGUUUUUUCAAAUGACUGCUAGAUAUACAGUUUAUUCUCUCUUCCCAUCACACACACACACAUACACCAAAAACCCAUUUGUCUUCCACUUAUGUACACAUCCUUCACUCUCCCAAAAUCUGGAUGUGUACUUAUUACAAAGAAACCACGACCCUCACUGCUUGCUUACUGUUUGGUGCAAAGUGGGUUUGUCAUGCUGUUCUGUUGUUGAAUGAGGAGCAGAUAAAGGGCCAUAUGAUGAAACCUUUGCAAAUAUAUUUGUAUUUGGCUAAAUCUGUUGUGUGCUUUUUUAAAAAGAAUAUUCACAAAAUGAUGUACAUAAAAGCAAAAGUAAAAAUGUAAGAAAGAAAGCCCAUUUUGCAAAGAAGUAAUAUAUCAAGAGGUUACCAGGGUAGCUUCUCCUUAUUCAUCCUCUUGGCUAGGUUAUUUGAGAAAUGUGACCUUUUGACUUGUGUUAACUUUGGUCUCUGGCUUCCCUGCCUGCAGCUCCCUAAGAACUGCUAUGGGAACAGUUGUGCAGCCUCCAAGAAAAUGAGGUGGUGAAGGGCAGGGAGGAUGGAAAGAGAAGGGAGAUUAUGCGGCUAUUAAUCAAUUGUUUUGGCAUUGUGAUGGUAAAAAGUGACCUAUCUGUGGGAACAGUCAUUAUUAACGUAGCACAACUUGGGUGUGUGGCACUUUAAAAAGCAACAUAAGCAAAAUAUACGGUAGGUACCUACUGCCAAGCCUCUUACAAUCUCUUAAUUUAGAUCAAGGAGUUGGAGACAGGCAAGAAAAUGUUGUUACUCAAGUAAAGCAGAAUCUUAUACAUACUUAACCUUGAAGUGAUUAUUAAUGGCACUUCUGAGUAGAGGUGUUUAGGAUUGCUCCAUUAGUCUUCAUCCCCAACUAGGGGUGGUGGGGGAACUAAUGGUGCAAUCCCUUAUCCCAUUUACUUGGGAGUAACCCCAGUGAAUUCCAUUAAAUUGACUUCUGAGUAGACAUGGGUGGGGUUGCACAGCAAGGGGUUAAACCGGUGGCCUCAAAGAAGUGCAUUUUGAGUUGGGAUCUGGAGGAAGAGAAUGAGGUAGCAACAUUGCUGUGAUCUUUAGAAGGUGGGUCACAAAUCAGAAGUUCUCAGUUUUCGGUGCAAACUAUUAUCAGCAUUGAAUUUGCUUCUCUUUAUAAGCAAAGGGAAAUCUGCCUUUAAAGCUUCUUAUUUUGGAUAUUUGAACGGUUGAGACGCAACUGAUCUAACUAAAUUGGAGUAUCUUCUCUUGCUUAAUAACGUAACUAUUAUGCUAACUUGGACCAUGUUUAACACAGACCAUCAUUCUUUGCAAGAACCCCACAGGCUUUUGGCGUUUGCCUUGGGCUGCCAUCUCCUUUGUGUCCAUCCCUGAUACAAAGAACCAGCUUCUGCUCAGGAAUAUGAAAAGUGUGAACCCCUCUACCAUAACAGCACGAAACUGGGGUUCCAAUGCAGUGGAUUGACAGCAUUUUCUACAACUCCUCUCCUCUCAAUGGAAGUAGUCAGUGACUACAUUGAUUGGGAUAUUGAUCAUCUGGGCUUUGUCCAGAAAAAUUACUUUGGACUCGCAGACUCAAAGAGCAAUAUGGUCACUAUACAAUGGAUGGAAGGGCAGACUCGUUGGUGAUGACUGUGCACUUGCUUGCCAAAUGUGGACACGCGUUGCCCUUGCAACAAGCCCUCAAUCAGCUUCAAGAAUGGAUCUGCCUGGACGUGCGCCUCUUCCUUGUGUCGGAACGCACUUCUCCCAUAAAGUAUUAUGAGACGUACCGCCAGAGGAGCUCCAGGUUCCCUGGGACAUCUGUGUUACUUUUCCUGCAUGAGGACUUGGGGGAAGAGCGGAUUUUCCAAGUCCACGACUUUUUCCAGCACCCGCCGUGGCAGCGAGUCCACCUGGAGAUUGCCAGCAGGAAGCUGUCGCCCCAUACCCUUGAGGACCAGGACUUCUAUGGGCUGGACGAGCACAUGCCCGUGUGGGGACUGAGGCAAGUUCAUUACGGCACGGAAAUCUUGCGCGUUACGCUCUACUGUAGCUUUGAUAACUACGCCGAUGCAGUGAGGCUCUACGAGACAAUCCUGCAGAAGGAAGCGACUGUGCAGAAAAGCAGCUUCUGUGCCUUCGUGCUGCACGUGACAGAGAGCAUUGCGGUCCAGCUCUGCUUGAAGCAGCUGCCUCUGGGAAUAUGCGUGGACUCGAAGGAGUCUUCGGUGUUGCAGUUCAAGGUGCAUGAAAUCGGACAGCUGGUACCGCUUCUGCCUAAUCCCUGCAUUCCUAUUAGCAGCACUAGGUGGCAAACUGAAGACUACGAAGGGAACAAGAUCCUGUUUCAGGUUCAAGGCAACUCGAAGCACACUGGAAAUCAAGACUCCUCUUCUAGUUGGCACAGCCAUGAACACAAGGAAGGGCCCCUUCACUACCCCUGCAGUCCAUCUCCAUUGGCCAUAAGAAAAAUUGCAGUACAGCCCAAAAACCGGACAGUUCGAGCCAUGAAGAAUAAAAGCAAAUCCUCACGAGAAGGUGCAUAUGCUCCAGGAAGUAUUUGCAGUCACUCACCAAGCAACCUUUGCUCUUCAUCCCAGUCAUAUAGUCCAGCAGGUUCUUCUUGCCAGGGCUUAGGCCCUUCUCAAACGAACUUGGCCACUAAAUUGCGACAUUCCAGUCAUGAACUCUGGCCUUGUCAAAGGGUGGAGGAGACUGAUGUUGACACAGGCAACAAAGUGAUCCUUUCCGACUGCAGUGAUUCGCCACUAAGUAGAUUUUCACAAGACAUACAGAAAGCGCUUCUUCAGUCUCAGGCAUCCUGCUGUCUGUUAACGGGAUCAGGCUCCACAAUCAGCUUGCACUCUGAGGGCAGAAGCAAUCUGUUGUCAUCACACAUCGCCAAGAGGAAUAAAGGAUCAGAACAGGUGCCAUCAAGUUUCCCCUUGGGAGCAUCCAAAACAAGCCAUGGAUAUGGAAAGGAUGAGGAAGAAGAAUUCUUUAUAUGACUUUUCAAGUAUAAAUCUUGUUCUAGAUUUUAUUUCAAGUGCCUUAUUUCUGAAAUAACACUAAAGAACAAUAUGUAUGCUGCACAACGACCCUGUCCUUGUGUAGAUACCCCAGCUGCCUAUACUACCUUUUAUGUUAGUGUUUAAAAAGAAAGGCUAAACGUAGUUUGCAAGAGAGCAAAUAAGGUUAUGGACUAGGGACUAAUGCUAGGAGUUUUAAAAAGAAGAGGAGGACUGUGAGAGAAGUUUCACACACUGGAGGAUUACUGUGCAAUAGAUUGAAACAAGCCAUUCAUUUCAGUGCUCCACAAGCUCACUAGAAUUCAUUAGCAACCUGGGAGAGAUGAACCUGUUCUGCUUCUACGAGCUUUCAGCACCCCUGUGCUGCCACCAGUUGGUGGCACAAUAUUUCCACAUUCUAGAGAGAUGUGCUUAGCUGUGCAGAAGAACUUCGCACUCAUGUGACCAGAGAUCUGAAUUCAUGCAACAGCAUCUCAUUUAAGAGUCUCCGGGGAGCUGAACGGCUCUAUUCCCAUAGUUUGCAUUUGGCUCCUCUCUGAGGGAGCAGCACACUUUGGGAUUAUGACUUUGCGCUAGGUAGGAGACUCCCAGUCAUCAUGAUGCUGCAGUUUGCUAACAUACGAAUUUUACGUGUUUGAUAGGUUGAGAAGUAUAUAAACUUCAUGUCACACAAUGUGAACUGAACACUUUGGCUUUAGAGCUAGGAUUGCUGGGUAACAGAUUUAAGUGGCCUAGCUUGUGAAAUCCCCUUUCCCUUGUGUGUGCUUAGUCCCUGUUAAAAUCUGAAUGUAUGGGGAUUCUUUCUAGGAGAUCUCUUUGUUUUUAUUAUACUUGGUAGUGCCCUAUAGCUGAUUCUUGCAUCACAUGGUGACUAGAGAUAGAAUAGACUCACCGGUCUGAGUUUGGGGCUGUUCCUCUUGAUGGGGCUGCCCCUGUUUCCUCUCCCCCCUCCCCAUUGCCCCUUCCUUACACAAGCUGUUCAAAACUGCUCUGCUGCUUAUCUCUUGGAGUCUAUAUCCCGUGUCAUCUUUUUGGUUCCCCCAUGAACACUAGGAAGCACAAUGUCACUCUAUGAUAUUACUCCAGCUACUGAAUGAAUCUUGGCUGAGCCCAAAGGUUUGCUUCUACUUUUGCUGGCUUCACUAAUGAUACUUUAUAGCCAGACCUAGAGUGCAGGGAAAUGGAUACCAAUCUCCUUGAAUGUGCUUUGACCCUAUCACAUUUCCAACAUGUGCGCCAGAGGAGGAGUUGAAUGGGAUAUGCUCUGCGGAAGUUAAGCCUUGCCUCAGGAACAUUAAGGUAUGCCAGUAUAUAAGUGUGUAGAACGGGUCAGCAAACUUUUUCAGCAGGGGGCCGGUCUACUGUCCCUCAGACCUUGUGGGGGGCCGGACUAUAUUUUUUAAAAAAAUAUGAACGAACUCCUAUGCCCCACAAUUAACCCAGAGAUGCAUUUUAAAUAAAAGGACACAUUCUACUCAUGUAAAAACACCAGGCAGGCCCCACAAAUAACCCAGAGAUGCUUUUAAAAUAAAAUGACACAUUCUACUCAUGUAAAAACAUGCUGAUUCCCGGAUCGUCUGCGGGCCGGAUUUAGAAGGCGAUUGGGCUGCAUCCGGCCCCCGGGCCUUAGUUUGGGGACCCCUGGUGUAGAAUAUCAUGACACAUAUGGGUAAGGUGGUGUUGGAUCUGCCUGGCUGGGGUAGGGAUUUGCACACCCAACCCUUUGGGAAUGUACCAGCGUUGGCUGUUUAUGAACAACUGGUGGCUUUGGAGACCUCCACAGCAUGACUGGGGAAGGAUGUCUGUCUGAAAUGUUAACAAGCUGCUGCCAGCUGGGUAGGUGAUACUGAGCCUGGACUGAGCCACGAUUCGGCCUUAGUGCCAGGCAGCUUGCUUACAGCAGCGACCUGAGCAAAUGUGCUUUUCUCUGUCUAAUGAUGCAAUAAUUCUUGGCAUUGUUUUCCUAGCAUUCCCCAGCUGUGCCACAUUAAAAAAAUAAUAAUAAUGCAUUGUUGUCAUGUACUGCUGUCUCCUCCUAUGAAAUGUACGGUUCAUCUUGCAGCAUUCUUAUGGGUGAGGAAAGGGCCUAUUCCAGAAAUAAAAGCAUCAUUUAUACUUACAAAACAGGAGCUAUCUUUU